GCGUUCCCGUACGCCCAGCCGUCGCCGCACGCCUCGUUCGUCCACGGUGGCCGACGAUCACGGUCACGACAUGGGCGCAGCAAGAGCUCGCGCACUCGGCUCCUGCACUCGCACGACGCCGACAGCGAGGACGACCCGCUCGUCGCGAGCUGGAUGACCGAGUCGUCGAACGCGUCGACCGCGACGUCGCCCCAUCACCCGACUCGCCCUUUGCCGCCGUCGCGCACGUCGAGCGGGACGCUCACCGUCCCUCCCUCGCCGACCCUCCCCGAGCGCGGGCGCACCCUGCAGCGCUCGGCCAUCCGCGCCCUCGAUUCCUCCCUCUCGACCAUCCACGGCUCGCCCUCGUCCCACGCCGGCUUCGGCUUCGGCCACGCGCCGCACCACCACACGAUCAACCACGUCGCCUUCACGGGCGAGCCGGACGAGGUCGUCCCGGCACGAGAGCGGGAGCGGCAGCGCACGAGCAGCAGCAGGAGCAGGCCGCCGCCAGCCUCGAGGCGGAGCACGGGCAUCGUGUUCCUCUCGGUCGGCGCGCUUUUCACGCUUGGGCACCUCGGCGGCGGCGGGGCGGUCGGAACGAUGGGCGUCGAGCGGGCAGGGCGAGCCUGGAGCUCGAGCCCGGCGCCGGUGCAGCCGGCGGGCUGGCGCAUCGGCGACGCACGGCACCCGGCCUACUUCCCCCUCCCGUCCUCUUCCUCUCGAUCCUCGCUCGACGUCUCGUACUCUCUCGCCAAGCGCUCGACCUUUCCUCUCGACGUCUCCUCGACCCCGGACGAGCCGGAGCGCGACGGCGACGACGACGACCGACCACCGACCCGCGAGUACGACUGGGAGCGCGUCGUGGGCCGCACGAGCGCGUGGGUGUGCACGACCGCCUACCUCACGAGCCGGCUACCGCAGAUCUGGCAGAAUUUCCGUCGUCGGUCCGUCGAAGGCCUCGCCAUGACCCUGUUCGCGGCCGCCUUCCUCGGCAAUUCGCUCUACGUCGCGUCCAUCCUCACCAACCCGCACGCGACCUCGGCGUCGUACCUCCUCGAGGCGAUGCCGUACCUCCUCGGCUCGGGCGGCACCCUGUGCUUCGACCUCAUGAUCAUCGGCCAGAGCUGGCUCUACUCGGAGAAGCGCAAGGCGCGGCGAGACCGGGAUCGGCGGCGGCGCAGCGCGCACGGGUUCGACGCCGAGGAGGAGGCGGCGCUGCUCGACGCCGACGGCGCUGAGGGCCGAGGAGCCGACGACGAGGCGUACAAGGGCGGGCGGCCGCCGCAGCGCAGCCGCUCGACGAGCACGCUCGGGUGCGCGCGCUCGGCGAGCACGAGCGGGAGCGGCCGGCGCGCGCUGUCGACGUCGCGCAGCGCGAGGAGGAGCGAGUCGACCGAGCUGCUGCCGGGCGGGUCGCGCCCUGCGCGCUUCCUCGCGUCGCCCCGAGGCGGCGAGCGCGGCGUGCCGCUCGGCGCGGACGACGAGGGCGAGCUGGACGAGGAGGGGAGCGACGGCGCGCCGUCGCGCAGCGUCAGCCGGGGCUCGAGCACGCGGGUCCUCUCGCGGCAGCCGAGCUUUCAGGCGAUCCAGGAGGAGGGCGAGUCGUCGGUGACGCUGCGGGCGGUCGACGACUGA